UCUUACAGAUGUUGAGCUGCAGAUGAUUCAGUUUGCACCAUUUGACCAAGUCCUCCACCUGGACCCUGUAUUCAUCUUCCUGUCCUCCUUUUUUGGUUGUCCACCCAACUGUUGCUCGGCCAUCAGAGACUUCUGCAGAUAGCACGGUUUAAUGUUGCUUUUAAAGUCCCAGGUAUACAGGGUAAACAGGAAGGGAGCAAAUGCAGUCCCCUGUGGUGAUCCAAUGCUUUAUAGCCAUGUCUGCCAUACAGCUCUGAAGCUAUCUGACUGGCAUCCAGGAGACAAUGGGAGUGCCAACCUAUAUUGAAUAGAGCUUUUCCCCAGCAAUGAGGGCUGUAUGGUAUUGAGGGCACUGGAGAAAUCAAAAACAUGAUCCUCACAGUGCUGCCCUGCUUAUCCAAAUGGGAGGAGGCUCUGUUCAGCAGGUAGUGGACAGUAUCGCCAACUCCACUGUGCUCCUGGUAGGCAAACUGCAGGAGAUCGGGGGUUGAUCUGACCAGGGGUCAGAGGUGAGCUUGGAGCAGCCUCUGUAGGGUCUUCAUGAAGUGUGAGGUCAGUGCACUGGGAAGGUAGUCAUUCAAGACUUUUGGUUGGUCUUUCUUAGGCAUUGGGACCACACAUGAUGUUUUCCCCACACAGCUGGGACCCUUUACAGGCUGAGACUCAGAUUGAAAAUGUGCUGGAGAACUCGACACAGCUCCUCAGUGCACUCUUCCAGGACCUUGGGGUUCACAUCAUCUGGUCCCAAUGCUUUGUGUCUGAGAUUCCCCAGAGCCAUUCUCACCUACUCAGUAGUGAAGGUGAGUCCAUGAUGACUGGGGAGUUGGUGGAUGGUGGGGAUUGGGGUAGGUGAAGAUCAGGACAGUAGCAGUUGGUUUGUGGAGGUGUGUAUGGUAGGUGCGGGGAAGUAGGGGGUGUAGUCAGUGGUAGUCUGUGUUCAUUCAUGUAUUGAAAUGGAGGAGUGACGAGGGGAGGCAUUGGUGCUGAGGGAGCAUUGGGUGCCUUGGCACCUAGACUGGUGUGCUGGGGGGGAUGUGAACAGGAGGGCAAUUGUCAAACCUAUUGAAGGAUUGGUUUAACUCAUUAGCCCAUUCCCGGCUGCAUUCCAAGGCUCUACAGCUAGGCCGAUUGAAGCCAGUGAUGUUCUUCAUGCCUCUCUACCCCUCCCAUGUGCUACUCUGCCCAAGCUUGUGCUCCAGCUCUCUCCUGUAUUUCUCUUUAGCCUUUAGCAAUAGCGCAAAUAGUGCAAAAAAAGGAAUAGUGGUUGUGUUCAUGGACCAUUCAGAAAUCUGAUGACAGAGGGAAAGAAAUUGUUCCUGACCACUGAGUGUGGGUUUCAGGCUUUUUUACCUCCUCCCUGACAGUAGUAACAAGAAGAAGACACGUCCAGGAUGGUGAGGGUCCUUAGUGAUAGACACCACCUUCUUGAGUCAUCGCUUCUUGAAGUUUACUCAGUAGUAUUCAACCCUGUGUAUUGGAACCUCCAUACCAGGCUGUAAUACAAGCAGUCACCAUGCAUCUAUAGAAAUUUGCAAGUCUUUGUGAAUACCAAAUCUUCUCAGAUUCCUAAUGAAGUAGAGCCACUGUCAUGCCUCCUUUGUGAUUACAUCAUGAUCCUUCAAGAUAUUGAUGCCCAGGAACUUAAAGCUCCUCAAACAUCCUACCGAUGGGGGGACGUCAUGUGAUGAUGUAGGAUCGAGACGCUGGAACCCAGCCCUCCCGUAAAAAAGUUAAUAAAUUAAUGUUUAAGUGAAGAAAAGUUAAUUAAUACUUUUUUAAGGUUACUUAUAAAUUACUUUGGAUUGUUUUAAGCUAUGCCUCAUAAACAGAGGACGAAGAAAACUGCUACCGCGAAGACAGCUCAAGUUGGAACAGAAUCAAGGCCUACUUCUACUGAAGAACCGCGGACUCAGGUACAACACACCACCGGUGAAACAGAAAAGGAGACUGCGGCAGCAUCGGCCAUUUCUAAAGGAAAAGAUCAACGAGAACUAAGCAAGUGUAAAGGAACGAGCAUGCGCAAAAGAGAGCAACCAGAACUACAAAACCCAGCAACGACUGAAACUGACAGUGACAGUGAGUCUGAGAGAGAGCCGGACUCUCUGGAAAAAUCAGACGAAGAUGGAGAAGAAGAAGAAGAAGAAGAUGAAAGUUCCUCUGAAAAUACAAAAAAGACUUUGAGGCAAAUAAUGCAUAAAUUACAAAAAUUAGAAAAACUUGAAGAAUGGUGGCUAAUCAGUGGCUAUUUGGAGGUGCGAAUGCCAUCAAUGUUGAACGUAAACUUUGGAGGUCCUGCUCCUUACCUAGAACACUUCUGGAUACCGAAAGAAGGGACUCAGCUUGAACGCACUGCAAUUUCCGUUUAUUAUACACUGCAGUUCUGGAAUCUACUUAGGAAGGAGUGCCUGGCUGUGCAUAAAGCUGGUGGUGUGCCACUAGAUAUGGACCAAUUUCGUAUGCUAUACAAUACCUGCAAAAUUCCUGGAGUGACCAGAGAUUCCCUUAUCAGCUAUUUUAAAACAGAAGCUGAAGGUCCAUGCCCCUCCCAUUUAGUGGUCCUUUGUCACGGCCGAGCCUUUGUCUUUGAUACCCUUUUUGACCAUCAAAUCCUUACACCGCCAGAGUUUCUCAGGCAACUCACUUAUAUCAGGGAACGAUGCAACAGCGAACCAGAAGGGCCAGGUGUAUCUGCAUUAACUGCUGAGGACAGAACGCGGUGGGCAAAGACACGGGAACAUCUAAUUAGCUUGGAUCCCAAUAACGUGACUAUCCUGGAACAAAUUCAGAGCUCCUUGUUUAUACUCUCGUUGGAUGAUGCUAGUCCCCAUGCAACAGCCAACAAUUACUCUGAAAUAUGUCUAUCAGCCCUAACUGGAAAUCCAACUAUACGAUGGGGUGACAAGUCCUACAAUUGUCUUAGUUACUCUAAUGGAACAUUUGGUUCAAACUGUGAUCACUCUCCAUAUGAUGCAAUGGUCAUGGUUUCUAUGUGUUAUUACAUUGAUCAAACUUUGAAGUUGGUAGAAGGUAAAUGGAAGGGAUCAACUGCAGUGCGUGACCUCCCUUUGCCAAAGGAGCUGGUACUUGUGCUAGAUCAAAGGAUUCUGAAUGACAUAGAACAUGCUAAACAACAAUACUACAAGCAGGCAUCAGAUGUCCAAGUUGUUAGUUAUGCCUUCACUGAUUUUGGCAAAUCUCUGAUCAAAGAGCGAAGGCUUCAUCCAGACAUUUUUGUACAGCUUGCCCUUCAGUUGGCCUAUUAUAGGUUUCACGGACGGCCGGGCUCCUGUUAUGAAACAGCAACAACAAGACAAUUUUAUCAUGGCCGAACUGAGACGAUGAGACCCUGUACUGUUGAGGCGGUGAAAUGGUGCCAAGCAAUGCUGGAUCCAGCAGUUCCUAAGAUGAAACGUCAUCAGAUGAUGAAGAAAUCCUUUGUGAAGCAUCACAAAUUGAUGACCAAAUGUCAGAAUGGUAAAGGUUUUGACCGUCAUCUCCUGGGUCUGCUUCUUAUUGCAAAGGAAGAAGGCCUUCCUGUGCCAGAGAUCUUUUCCGAUCCUGCCUUUACUAAAAGUGGUGGUGGAGGGAAUUUUGUUCUUUCAACUAGCCUUGUUGGAUAUACUACAGUCCUGGGUGCUGUUCUUCCUAUGGUUUACAAUGGCUAUGGAUUUUUCUAUCGUAUUCGUGAAGAUAGGAUUGUUAUAGCUUGUUCUGCCUGGAAGUCAUGCCCAGAGACCGAUGCAGAAGAACUGUACAAAGGGCUAGUUCAGUCCUUUCAUGAAAUGCUUGACUUGACAACAACAGCCCAGCUUUAAGUGAUGACUGAAAAAAAUAUAUUGCUAAAAAAUACUAAAGUGCUAACCCUUUACAUAAUGCAUUAGGCUAGUAGUAAUUAUUGCCUGUGCAUCUGUAAAGUUGAUGCCUCAAAACACAACAGGACAUUGAUAUUGAAAAGUAGUAAUUUAAAACAAAAUCAAUGCAACAUUUUUGAAACCAUGCAAAAUACAAUGCAAAAAGUACAGCAACAAUGCAGAUUCUCAAAUACAGGGCAGUUUUGUAUUUUAUUUUUAACCAUGUUUAAUGAAACAAAUACAAACAUUAAUAAUUUUAACUAUAUCUUGAUGGACCUAAUUUGAUUAAUUCUUAGAGACAUUUUAUAGAUCUGAAACUACUAAGCUCGCACACUGUCUAGGAUAAGAAAUGGUGCAUUUACAAUUUGUAAGUAUAAUUUUAGAGAUGUUCAAAUAUUUAAUGUGUAAAGUAGAACAUAAAAUACAAAAAUCUGUAGGGUAGAGCAGACAAUAGAUCAUAUGUAGUCUAUUAAUGUGUGCAUGAAGCAUGGAGUAACCAAAAUGUCCACAAACUGUUAAGCAAAUCUGAAUUUUGUUUGUCAUUUGUCGUUGUUCCUUUUCACUCCUUGUGGCACAUCAGGCAGCAGCCUUGCUGUUUCUUUAGCAUCUUUGUCUCUCUUUUUUAAAAAAUGAGCCAAGUUGCUAGUUUGAUGCUCAACCCAGCACGGAUGGUAAGCGUGCAAGGAGCUGGCCAGAUUCAAACCCAGGGCCACUUGCUGUGAAGUCCAGUGUGGAUGCCACUACUCUAUUGACCAGCUGUUUUGUUAUUUGAAGGAAGUUAAAAUCUAUUUACUCACAAGCAAUAGUUUUAUCAUCUGGUAAUAUCAGGCUCUGUUGAUGACUUAGAUUCACAUUGCCUACCUGGUGAAUUAUGUAGUGAAUGCUUCUUCGUUGUUACUAUUUGUUUUCUAUUGUGUUUUCUGCCUGUUUUAGCUCAUUGCCCAUUUCCACCAGAAGAGGGGAAAUGAUUUUAGAAAGGAUUUGUGGCCGGUGAAAAGCCAUUUCUGCUGAUGAACUCGGUUGGCAGUGCAUCACAAUGAUUGUCUCUUCUGUUGAUUAUUAGCCUACUGCAUAGAUUUCCCUGACUUCAGCAUCACUCCGCUGCCCACUGUUUAAAGUUGUGCUCCUUUUAAAUCUUCCGCGCUUCACUGCCCGACGUCACGCUCCUGCACAGUCCCGCCUCUCUUAAGCCCGAUGAGAAGAAAAAAUCAAAAUGGCUCCUGCAGCACUCCCGUUCUGAUUCCCAGACUUCCUUCCCCAAAUUAAAUUUAUGGGGUAACAUGAAUUCUAACCUCUGAAAGUCUCCUUUUCCAGUUCAGUCUUUUACAUAGUGAAUUUCCUUGUUGAUCACAAUACCUGCUGGUCUCCUUUUCAUAGACUUCCUUUAUAAGACAGUGUAUCUGCAACAUACUGUCUGUAUGGUGAAGUGUGGCACUGAACUCUUCAAAUACAUGAACUUGAGCCAGAGUAUUUUUAAAUAAAAUCCCAUCUGCCUUUUAUAGGUACAGGUCUCCAAACUGACAGUAGGCUUUGGUACAGAAACACUGUAUAUUGGACAAUGAAGAACAAAUUGACGAUAAAUGAAAACAGAAAAUUUUGAGAUCAAUCAGUAGGUCAGCAAUUGUGCAAAAUGAAACAAGUCAAUAUUUCAGGUCAGAGUCCCUUCAUCAGAUCUGGAAAAAGAGUGGGGGUGGGGGAGGCAAGUUAAUUUUAAGUUGCAGAGAAGAUUGGGAAAGGAUGGAUAAGGCAGAGAAUAUUUGUCAUGGGGUGAGAUCAAGAUCACCAUGGAGGUAUGUGUCGAGAUCUUUGAAUCAAGGGGUUAAUGGGACAGUUAGUGAGUGAAAAUCUAAACAAAUGAGUAUAAAAAUUAAUGAUGGUGCCCAGUUGUAGGACCCAUACAGCUGUGCUCACAGGAUGAGAAAACUAAGCCAAUUUCACAGAUGAUUCGCAUCGAAACGGCAAUUCCUGAUAGCAGCAGAGAAAAAGUUCAUUGAUAUUGUAGAAUUCAGGUCUGGAAGGAUGCAGUUUGCUCAAGCAAAAUGUGGGGCACUGUUUCUCAAACUUUAGAUAGCCUGUAGCAAUAGUUGCAGUUGUUUACUUAAUCUGUUGCCUGAAGGAAGCUAUCACAGACAUGCAAUGACUGCUAAAUAAUAGCCAAUGAUAGUUGCUAAAAUGAAGAAAAAAGAAAGAAAUAACCUAGUUUGACCCAAAAUCUGUGCUAAUUUCACAGACAAUCAGUUUAAAUGUAUCCAAAGUGUUAUAAAGAAAGAUGCAAACAUUUGAUGGUAAAUAUUCUGGAUUUUUUCUCUUUAUACCUACUUUCACAGACACUAUAUCCUACAUUAUAGUGUGUGGUUUGGUUGCUUGAUUUGAAAGAUGUAAAUGAUAGGAUCAGCAACUGUUGAAUGUGGACUUCUUUCCAUUCAAUCUUCUCUGAUUUGGGAAUUCUUUGCAGUUUAUUGUCUAUAAUAAUGUUUUUGCUGAUUUUUACACAUUUCACAUACCCAUGACUGAAAUAUUAAAUAAAAGCUCUCUUGAUUUAAUCACA